UUGCCUCAGUCCACCUCAUACAAACUCACAGCAGUCAUGCAUGCGUGCACCAGCCAACAUAUGGAGCACUACUACUUACUUCUGCUUGGGAUCUGCUGCCAGCUGUUAGGGUGUAGUGACUGCUUUAACAUUGACACAACAAAACACAGGAUCAUCAAAGGACCGAAGCAAGCCCAGUUUGGAUACACUGUUCAGCAACAUGUGGCGUUUGGUGGAGAAAAAUGGUUAUUAGUCGGCGCACCGUAUGAAAUGAACGGUGCUUACCAAACAGGGGAUAUUUAUAAAUGCUCACUAACCAAACGAACCAAUGGAAAUGGUUGCACCAAGCUUAACUUAGGAAGGAUAUCGCUGACCAAUGUAUCUGAGCGGAAAGACAAAAUGCGGUUGGGAAUGACACUGACUACCAAUCCGAAAGACAACAGUUUUGUGGCUUGUGGCCCACUUUGGUCUUAUGAGUGUGGCAGCUCUUACUACAGCACUGGUAUAUGCUCCAGAGUUAAUGCUAGCUUCAAGUUCUCCAGAACAAUUGCACCUGCCUUCCAGAGGUGUGAGACCUAUAUGGACAUAGUGAUCGUUCUGGAUGGCUCAAACUCCAUCUACCCUUGGUAUGAAGUGCAGGCUUUUCUCAUCAACAUUCUGCAGAAGUUCUAUAUUGGACCAGGUCAAAUUCAGGUUGGAGUUGUUCAGUACGGUGAAAAAGUUGUGCACGAGUUCAAACUCAAUGAUUUCAAAUCUGUUGAGGAAGUGGUUAAGAGAGCACGCAGUAUUGACCAGCGGGGUGGAGAGGAGACUAACACAGCUCUUGGCAUCAACAUUGCACGAUCUGAAGCUUUCAAGCAGGGAGGCCGACGUGGUGCCAAGAAAGUGAUGAUAGUGAUAACUGACGGAGAGUCACAUGAUAGCGCUGACCUCCAGCCAGCCAUCGAGGAGAGUGAGAAGGAUGGCAUCACCCGUUAUGCCAUAGCUGUUCUUGGCUACUACAACCGGCGAGGAAUUAACCCUGAGGCAUUCCUCAAUGAGAUCAAAUACAUUGCCAGUGACCCGGAUGACAAACACUUUUUUAACGUGACAGAUGAGUCAGCACUGAAGGACAUUGUGGAUGCACUUGGCGAACGCAUCUUCAGUUUAGAAGGAACCAGUAAAAAUGGGACUGCAUUUGGCCUCCAGAUGUCUCAAGCUGGAUUCUCUGCUCACAAUGUUGAGGAUGGAACUCUGGUAGGAGCUGUCGGGGCUUAUGAUUGGAACGGGGCAGUGUUAAAAGAGACACGGCAAGGGAAGAUGGUUCCUCCAAAAGCUUCCUAUGCACAAGAGUUUCCAGAGGAGCUCAAAAACCAUGGGGCCUACUUGGGUUAUACUGUGACAUCAGUGGUGUCAGCCAAAAAUGGCCGUCUACUUGUUGCUGGAGCGCCACGCUUUAACCAUACUGGCAAAGUGAUCAUUUUCACUUUGAAGAGUCCUGGCAACCUCACCAUCCUCCAUUCCCUGAAAGGACAUCAGAUUGGGUCCUAUUACGGCAGUGAGAUUGCACCGUUGGAUAUUGAUGGAGAUGGUGUCACUGAUAACCUUUUGGUGGCAGCGCCAAUGUUCUUCAGUGGCGGCAUGGAGAAGGGAAAAGUGUACAUCUACAGAGUGACAGAGCUGAAUCGUUUCAUUUUUGAGGGCGCAUUAGAGAUCCAUAACGGUGGCCAGAAUGCCCGCUUUGGCUCGUCGCUUGCACCAGUCCCUGAUUUAAAUGGGGAUGGCUUCAAUGACCUGGUUGUAGGAGCUUCAUUGGAAGACGAUCACAAAGGGGCUAUCUAUGUUUUCUUCGGCCAGCAGAACAGAAUACUCCGCAAAUACAAACAGAGGAUUGCAGCAGCCGACUUGGCACCUGGCCUGCAGUACUUCGGCCGCAGUAUCCACGGAAUGAUGGAUAUGAACAAUGAUGGUUUAGUGGACCUGGCAGUGGGAUCCCUUGGUGCGGCUGUUCUCCUCUGGUCAAAGAGUGUUGUCCGCAUAUAUACCGCAGUCAGAUUUGAACCCAGUAAGAUCAACAUCUUUGUGAAAGACUGUCAGAGGGGUGGCAAAGACGUGACCUGCAUGUCAGCCAUCGUUUGCUUCAACAUCACUGCUCGGACAGCCAUUGGUGCCACACAGGAAAUUGGGAUUAAAUAUAAUGUCUCCAUUGUGGAGCGACGGUUCAAUCCUCGAGCUAUCCUGGACAACCCAAGCAAGUCCCAGCCUCAAAACCUGACCCUUCUUCCUGGUGAUGAAACGUGUGAGCAUCUUUAUUUCCAUGUCAUGGAGACAACUGACUAUGCAAGGCCCAUUGUUUUUGCUGUACAAGUCGGGUUGCGAGAUCCAGACAGUGGACCGGUUCUAGAUGAAAGCUGGCCAACUGUCUCGAGAACCGAGUUGCCUUUCUGGAACGGUUGCGACGAGGAUGAUCGUUGUAUGCCAGACCUAGCACUGCAUAGUGUGACAGACCUGAUGACUCAAAAGCAGUUCUGUUUACAAGCUGUUCAGUCUCGUGGUGCUUUCUGCCGGCAUCUAAAUGAAGGAGGCACCGAGGGAUCUCUACGGGUUCUGGAGGCAAACAGGAGAAGGUUGGUGGUAGAUGUCCGACUGGAGAACAAAGGAGAAAAUGCUUACAACGCUCGCCUCAAUAUCAGCUACUCCCCAAAUUUGCGUUUCUCAAGCCUCAUACUGAAGGACAAUGCUGAUAUUAAGAUUGAUUGUUACAUUGAGGACAAACUGAAACAUGAAAAGAUCUGUAAUGUCAGUGCUCCAUUUAUGAAGUCCAAAGCACAGGUAUUAUUUCGCUUGGAGUUUGAGUUCAGCCGGAGUGUCUUCCUAGAUCAUCUCAGAGUCAUCGUGGAGGCAAGCAGCAAUGGUGAAGAAAUGAGCACAACCGACAACUUCAAUGAUAUAUACUACUCACUAAAAUACGAGGCAGAUCUUCUCUUCACAAGGGAUUCAAAUCCAACUCGAUAUGAGAUCAAAUCAGAGCUAUCUCUGGAGGAGCCUGGCAUUAUUGGUCUUCCUUUUAACUUCACUUUUCAGAUCCAGAACCUUGGCUACUUUCCUGUGAAAGAUCUACAGCUGAACAUUGAGGUCCCAGAAAUGACAAAAAAUGGCAACCAGCUAUUGCAAAUUUCUAAUUUGCAUAUUGACCAGAGAGAUGGUACACACUGUGUACCACCUCAGCAUGUUGCACAGAGCAGAGCCUCACCUGAGGACCUCACCCGCUUCUCUCGUUUGAAUCGAACCAACACCCUGAUCCUGCCAAUACAAUGCACAAUCAACGUGGCCUCCUACAGGGAAAUCUUGGUUAGAAUCACAGGAAUUCUACGAGUGCACACUUUACAUGCAUUGAAGUUUAAAAUCCUGGAACUGGUCACCAGUGCAUCAGUGGAGCUGCCCCCCACCAGUCACAUGUUUCUACAUGAAGAGAGACCAAUCCGGCAAAUAAUACUGGAAGUCCGCAAGGAGGGAGAUUACCGAAUCCCAACCUGGAUAAUCCUCGGAAGCACACUGGGAGGACUCUUAUUGUUAGCCCUGCUCUGUUUGGCUCUCUGGAAGCGCAUACAUUGUGGAGAUGCGUCAAGGCACGUCAAGGUCGUAAAUACUCUGCGAUUCCAAAUACUUCUGUUCAGUAUUUUCCUGUGUACUGUAAUUCCCGGCCUACAGAGCGCACCUGAUUACAAGCCUCACCGAGUACCUUUGUAAAGGAAAUACCAUUUGGUACAUACAUACACCGGAGCUGUGUAAAAGCCCACAUUGACACCCACAUUGAAACAUGAUAUAUUUACAAAGAAAGUUGGUACACAGAAAGUGUUUAACGCUAGCGGCGCGCCAGCGCUAAUGUUAACAGGGCCGGGUAAAAUAAAACUUACCGGUAAAUAUCCUGAGACAUGCCAGUAACAGAGCAGCAACACACUAGCACAGCGCUAACACUAGCGCAGCGCUAACAGGGCCGGUAAAAGUCACUUCCUCGGCACAUAUAUUCCACCGGUCACAUUCUUACCUUUUCUGCUCGAGUGUCCCCUUGCGGCCAUUAGGAAAAAAAUGCACAAAUUAGCCGCGUCACCGCUUAAACCUCAGAGUUGAAAGCGUGGGAAAAAAGUUGUGGCUUGUAUGCCGGAAAUUACGGUAUGUCUAAAACAGGGCACAGCAACCUUUUUGAGGCUGAAGACUACUUCAUAAGCACCGAUCGUAUGAAGGGCUACGUGACCUGCUUGCGGCAAAUUUAAGACUCAGUUAAUUGCACGUACAUAAAAUAUUUUUAUUUUAAUUUAUUGCAGUAAGUGACAUUACGGGUAUUUUAAAAUUUUAAUUCACAUAAGCAAAUCAGAUUCAGAAUUUAAAGUACAAAUAAUAGUAAGAAUUUGUAGCCUAUGGUAUUUUUAGAACAUACGUCGCAGGCACCUUAUAUGGUCCUCGCGGGGUACCUUUCGCCCACGGGCACCACGUUGGUGACCCCUUUGUCUAAAAAGUGUUCUCCCCCCCAAACAGUUGGGUUUCUUCCAGAGGCAGAAACGGAGAGAUGCAGACGAACGUGAAAUGAAUGGAAAAGUGGCCGAGGAACGGUAACGCAGGCUUGGUGCCCCCAGCAGACAUCUAUCCCAAAGGGGAGCCGACACUCAGGGACCACCCCUCCUUCCUCUUCCUCCAACAACCACAGUGGCGCUGCCUAGACACCUCCGUGUGAUCACUGAGGCAAGGCACCUUCAGUGCACUGGAUGUGUCCCACGCCACGGGUCAGCACUGCCACACUCACUUCAGUUUGACUGCACUGUUCCGACAUGAGGGCCUUCGUCCGCGUAUCCCACUGUCCUCAGUGUCAACUCUUCCCAGGUCUUGGGGCUCUUUUGUUCUUUGGCGCUUUCUCAUCAUUUCUUAAGGAACAAUAGAGAAAGUGUUGAUUGCUUUUUUUUUUUUUUUUGGAGGGGGAGGGGGGAUUUCUCGCAAUUCUCUUUUAAUCUUCUCUUCUAUUUGUAAUAUUUAUUUAACUCAUAGUAAAUAUAUAAUACAUGAAAAACCUCAAGGGUAACAUGUCACCCAGAAAGCUGCCACAAAUGUUAAGAUAUAUUGUUGUAUGUUGAAUCUGAUAUUUAAAAGCAGCAGUUGACAUUCAUCGUGAUGUACGCCUGUAUAAAAUUGUACCAAAGUCACAAAAAGUUGAACGCAAAUGAAUUAUGUUAGCGUGACCAGACUUCUAUUUUCUCUGAGGUUCCUGUUUUUAUUCUGUUCAUCUUUGAAAACAUGCAGGAUGGUCUUUUGAUAUUUGAUGCACUUUUACAUUGUACAAAUUUAACUUGAAUUUGUAAAUAGAUGUCUACUUUUUAUAACCUUUCAAAUAUGAAAUGUUAUUAUUCAACACAUUAUGUGUAAAAAACAAAACAAAACAUGAUUGUUUCACAUGAUAGCGCACCUUUUACCAUCCCUUGCAUCAGGACAAAACACUGCACCAAACGUUUUUUCUUGUGGAUGUGAAAAUGUAUAAAAUGAUGACAUAGAUUAGAGAGUGUGCUACAAUCCUUCUGGUCUCGCCUAUGAAUGUCACACCAUCCAAUUGGAUGGUGUGUAAAGGGUUGUAAUACGUCAAAGAAUAAAACGUAUUUCAUGUACAUUUGGCUCUGAAAUAUCUUAUGGGAUAGAAAAAGGGGGAGUCAGCCCAGUUCC